AUGGUUAGAAGGGAUACAGCUUUUAUCAAAUUAACGUCAAAAGUUAUAAUUUGGGGCGUUUUCGCUAACCCUACCCUAAUUCUCAUAAACUCAUACGUUAAUUCUCCAAACCUGCUGCGUAACUAAGUUCUCCUAACCUGCUACGAAAAGUCAAAUCCGACAAAAACUGUAUCCCAUCUAGUCAAAACCAACAAAAAGCGGAAACAAAAGAAAUCAUACAUUUCUAGAAACACAUUUUGGUGAGCUGAGCAGAGAUACAGGCAUACAACUGACAGCUUUCAGUGUUAACGCCAUACACCUAACGCAGGAGGGCUGACAUGGCUUUGAAAAGAAUACAGAAGGAGCUACAUGACUUGCAAAGGGACCCUCCUGCUCAAUGCUCAGCCGGACCAGUUGGAGAGGACUUGUUUCAUUGGCAAGCCACAAUCAUGGGACCUACUGACAGCCCAUAUCAGGGAGGAGUGUUCUUCCUCACCAUCCACUUCCCAACAGACUAUCCCUUCAAACCACCAAAGGUAGCCUUCACAACGAAAAUCUAUCACCCAAACAUAAACAGUAAUGGUAGCAUCUGUCUGGACAUUCUGAGGUCACAGUGGUCCCCAGCACUUACAGUUUCGAAAGUUUUAUUGUCCAUAUGCUCUUUGCUAUGUGACCCAAACCCAGAUGACCCCCUAGUCCCAGACAUAGCACACAUCUACAAGCAGGACAAAGAAAAGUACAACAGAUUAGCAAGAGAUUGGACUCAAAAGUAUGCAAUGUAAAGGACUGACGUUUGAGACAACGGAAAAGGCUUAAGCAAAUUAACUUCCUGGACACUUCUGAAAACAGUACUGUUGCCACCCCUCAUCCACACUGGUUCAAGAAGAAGUGUUGUAUAUGGGAAGCACUUUCUAUGCCCAAAUUAACUGGUUUUAUGCUUUGAAGUCAUUAUUUUCCUUUUGUUUGACAUUCCCAAUGUUAUAUAACUUAUUAUUCAGUUAUUGCUGAGAUGGCCCAUAAAAAAAACAGACCAAUUAUGAAUCCAUCCCCCCCUCCAUCUUAUAGGUAGAAAAUGUUUUCUCCUUUUAGAGAUUUUUAUUGUAUAGUAUAAAGCUAUACUGAAUCUAUUUUUAUUAUUUUCCAUUAAAAAGUUAAACCAAAAAAUAGAUCCUGUCUUUAUUGUUAUCCUAGAGAUACCUAUCGAUAUAUUUUAGAUCUACACAAGUGCCUGGAGGUUUGGGCUAGGGCUUUUUCCUUUUUUUUCAGGGUAGUAGUAUUCAGAAAUUCUUCCCAUUACAUUUUGUAUUUCACCACUAGAUGACAGCAUUUACCUCCUCCCAUACUACACAGGAGCACGGCUCAAUUGAAUGCAAAUUCGAAAUAGGGCUAUAAUCUGGCAGGUUACACCAAUGGAUUACACCGUUACCUUGUUUUUCUAAAAUCAAUACCUCCACAGUUAAUGGUGUUGUAUUUUUUUCUUUAAACUUCAGCUACUGUCAGGUUUAAUUAUUUGACAGGGCGUUCUGACUUUUCAGAGGCUCUCGGCGGUCAUGUCUAGAUGGCAUACGGGUUUUGUCAAAUUGAUGUAAAAAAGGUAUUAUAGCUAACCGUAACCCUUUUCCUAAUUGAAGUAAUUAUCCUAACCUGCUACGUGAAAUCUAUUAACCUGCUAUGUUAAUUCUCCUGCUACGAAAAGUCAAUUUUGACCAAAGCUGUAUCCCAUCUAGACAAAACCGCUCUAGGCCUAGGUAAGGAUAAAAGUUAACCUAUGAACUUCAACAUCUGAAUUAAAGCCUAAUGAUAAAAGAGAUGCAUAAUAUUU